AUGCUCAAUAUUCACCGCCUCAUUACAAGAAGCAGAGAUGCACGAACCCUCCACCAACAGGCCACCAUCAUCAGACCUCCACCCUCCACCACUAGGCCACCACCACCAGGCCUACAACCUCAACCGCCUGGCCUCCAACAUCAACUGCCAGGCCUUCGUCCUCCACCGCGAGGCCUCCAAGUUACACCCAUCGAAAUUCUGCCCGCCUCCCAUAUAGAUCUCCAACCUCGUCCAGCAGGCUUCCAUCCUGCAACACAAAUCCUCCACCUGGCCUCGACCGCCAGGCCUCCAUCCUUCACUACAAGACAUCCACAUUCCACUAACAGUUACCACCAGGCCUCCAUCCUCGAUCAUAAGACGUUCAAAAUCCAGCAUCCGGCAUCUACCCACCCACAGCAGGUAUAUAUGUUCCAUCGCCAGGCCGUCACCAGGCCUCCACCACCAGGCUUCCACAUUCCAACACCAGGUUUCCGACAUCGUACGCCAGGCAUCCCUCUUCAAACACAAGGCCUCCAUUAUGCCGUUGACAUCAGACAUCAACCCUCCACAACAAGGCUUCCAGGGGAAAUCCACAACCCGGCCUUCAACAUGACUCCACCUACGAUGUGA